ACAUACCGCUUUCUUCUGCCCCUCGUCCUUCCACGUCCUCGCCGAGAAGAUUCCAGCGGUGAGAUCAAGCGCUGUGUUCUGGCAAUUGACACAGCCCUCACCGUCCAGGUUAUGUCUAAUCUUGUGUUCCAGGUCGUCUGGCUGUGCAACAGUAAACGGUUUACGUUCUAUCGGUCGGCAGUACCGAAACCCAAUGAGUCGGUGAAGAACGAACACAACCCCAGCCCGGUGUAACGUUCCCACGCUAGAGCCGAGACAGGAGGCGAACAACACCGAGCAUGCGAUGACGAUUUAAUCCUUCAAGCCGCUCAAGCGAGCGAUCUAUCUCGCUAUCUCCCCCGCCCAUGUAUGUGCAAGCGGAAGUUGCUGGUCAGCCAACAGAGUCAAAGCACUGAUGGGCCUAGCUGGCGUGCCCUUUGGCUCCAGUGGCAUGACGGGCAUGAUGGGCUAAGGUCGCACAAGUGGUUCUUCAGUGGAGCCGCGACGGGGAAGAUGCACGAUGGGACGAGGUACCCGACAAAGAAACCAAACAAUGAUAUGCAGCGGGUAUGCAUAAUCGCAGCCCGCCUCGUCUAUGGCUAUGCAUCGAUCUUCCUGGCUAUGUUGUCUCCCUUGCAACUGGGAAUCUCGUCUCGUGGUGAGAAGACCCAUCCCGGCAUCUGGUACCAAGCAGAGACGGCCUCGGACGGACCCCCGAAGACCUUGAAGUCGUCCCAUCCCCGGCAUGCAUAUUACAGGUACGUAAACACAACCGACACGGCCGGCCAAUUGAUGGGUACGGUCACAUCUUCUGUUUCCAUCUCCACGGCACCCCUCGUAGGGUCCGUAGCUGCAAGCGAGUGCCACCUGAGAAACACAUUCAUGCAUGUCCUGACACUACGCCGAUCACCGCUCGCGAAAGGAUCAUCUAUCGUGUUUCUCUCAACACGAGCUUACGAUCAGCACAUCUGUCUGUUGGAGUGGCACAUGCUGUUUCUCUCUCGCUAGUCUAAAGCAUAUUUAGCGUAAAGUACACUCGUCCUCGACUUGGGGAUGUCUCUGGCUUGCACCUCGGCGCGCGAGAAACCCAUGCAAGAUGAGAGACAAAUUCUAUUAAUGGCAAUCCCUCGAUCAGUCCCCUACCCUAAUGCAGCAUAGUGUCUG